GUGCAAUUUUCAAAAUUCUCAUUCUUCAUGCUAAUUCAACACUUCUUUCUAGUCAUACCAAAACCCGCCACCUUCUUAUGCAACCCAACACCAUUUCUCACCAAACCAUGCUCCUUCCAUUUCAUCACGCAUCGCUUCAUAUGAAUCCUAUUGCUCUCUGCGUUUGUUGCGUUGUACGUCGCGUGAUCAACCACCCUCUUCUGAGACGGUGAAGCUGCUGAAAACGGAGGCAUCAGAAGAACAAAAAGCAGAGAAUUCGAGAGACGAAAAAGAGAUGUUAAAGAGCCCCAAAAAGUUUGUUGCUCCCGUUACUAAAUGGGUCUGUGAGAUUAAUUGGCGUUUAACCGGGUUGAUCAUUCCUUUCGUUUUAUUCAUUAUCUUCUUCUCUCUCCAUUAUUCCUCCACUUCAAACGGUUUUAACGCUUUCUAUCCCGUUGAGUUUUUUCUCCGGCUCCCUUGUUCCGGCGAGAGCGACCAUGUUUUGGAUAAGGAGGAGUUGUUGCGGUCGAAAAUUGCCGUGUGUUUGGUUGGUGGCGCUAGGAGGUUCGAACUCACGGGACCAUCCAUAAUUGAAAAUAUCCUCAAAGAGUAUCCCAAUUCGGAUCUUUUUCUUCACAGUCCGUUGGAUUCGGACACGUUCAAGUUCUCGCUGUUGAAGUCUGCGCCAAAUGUUGCCGCCGUUCGAAUCUUCCACCCUCAGCCGUUGCCGGAGAACGAGUCUUAUGUUCGAGUCCUCACCGCGCACAACUCACCCAACGGCAUCCAGGGGCUUCUUCAGUACUUUAACCUCGUGGAGGGCUGCUUAACAAUGAUAAGAUCACACCAACAGAAGAACAACUUCACGUACGACUGGGUAGUUCGAACACGUGUAGACGGGUACUGGAACGCACCGUUGGGCCCACAAAACUUUGUUCCCGGGAAGUACCUGGUCCCACCGGGCUCCUCGUACGGCGGACUUAACGACCGUUUAGGAAUCGGCGACCUCACUACCUCCACGGUCGCACUGUCGCGUCUCUCGUUAAUUCCGCAACUCGAUUCCGCGGGCUUCAACAACCUCAACUCGGAGGCAGCCUUCAAGGCCCAACUCACCACGCAGAAUGUGACCCACGUGGCCAAACGACUCCCCUUCUGCGUCGUUUCUGACCGCCGCUACGAUUUCCCCCCGGGACAGUUCGGCGUGCCGGUGGCGACGCUGUCGAGCCCCGGGCCGCUCAGCGGCGCAAAGUGCAGGCCGUGCACGGCGGUGUGCCAGGGUCUGUGCGUGGAGACCGUGAUGGAGUGGGUGGAGAAGGGGUGGAGUUGGACGGAGUGGGAGAACGGCGUGCUUGAGCUAUGCGACGCUCGCGAAGGAUGGGAAAGUGGUUGGGAGAAGAUUUUCGAUGGGGUCGCCGGGAAGAAACUUGCGCGUAUUAGGAAGGGAAUCCAGUUUAUGAAAAUGGGAGAAUGCGUUGAGGAUUUUCAGAAGCUGAGAAAACGCAGUACGCAUUGGAGUGCGCCUCCGGAGGAUGAGAUUUGUACAUUCGGUUUGACUCCACACUGAACUUUUCACCCUUUUCUUUGUCCCAGGGUAGAAAUAGGAAAAAUAUCUUAAAUUGAAAAUACAGGAC